AUGUCGUGUUUUAUCUAUGAAGUUUCUGCUGAUCCACCUCACCUGUACAUUGGUUGCAUUUUACCUCUCAGUGGUGGAUAUUGGAACGAGCUCGGACACGAGAGCUUGCGUAGCGCCCAGCAGGCCGUACGUGACAUCAAUAAUAACACAGACAUACUGAGUGCAUAUGAAUUACAUUUAGUAUGCAAUGAUUCAAGGGGGGAUAUUAACGUUGCCUUGGAAGCAGUGGUGUCUCAAGUUUUCGAUCCACCCCAUCCGAAGCUCAUGUUAUUUGGAGGAGUUAUGUCUACUGUGACUAUAACUAUGGCACGAGUUUUGGCACUAUGGCAUGUCAUCGUGGUAUCACCUCUGGCUACGGCACCGACUCUGUCAAAUCGUGAUGAAUUCCCCGGAUUCUUUCGAACACAUCCGAGUCAGUACAUCUACAAUGAUGCUAGAUUGGAAAUGUGUAAAGCUUUCGGGUGGACAACUGUUGCUACACUGUAUCAAACGCAUGAGAAAUUUAUAGUGGCCAUGGACGCGUUUCACAAGCAACUCACUGAACGAAAUAUGAGUUUGUUAGUAACGGCAAGUUUUGAUAUUGAUCCCAAAGAACAGUUAGCGAGACUUAAAGGUGCUGAUGCUAGAAUUAUUGCAGCUGCCUUUUAUCAAGACAGAGCAUUGGAAGUUUUCUGCGAGGCGUACAAAAUUGGUCUGUUUGGCCCGAAGUACGUGUGGCUCGUUCCAUCUAGAUGGCUGAAACAAGGCUGGUGGUUAGGUACUGACGAAGACUCGGUAGAUUGUACAGUUAAUGAACUACUCGCUGCAAACAACGGAAUGUUUGGACUCGAUGUAAACGCAUGGGAUAUCAGCAAUGAACCCACAGUCAGUGGAAUGACUUCUCAGCAAAUUAAAUCGGUGUACGAGGCAGAACAGCAGGAGGUAAAUCUCUACGGGUCCCUGUCGUAUGAUGCCAUUUGGUCGAUGGCUUUGGCGUUAGACAAGUCAGAAGAAAGGUUUCAGAAUGGCGAAGCAGGUUACCAUGACAAUGGUAUACCCAAACAACUUCUAGAUUACGAUUUUUCUGACAAUAAUAUGCUAAGAAUCAUGGAAGAAGAAAUGCAAAAUACAUUUUUCAGAGGCGUAUCAGGUAUAGUACACUUCGACGAGAAUGGUGAGCGGGAAACGUUAGUUCACAUUGAACAGAAUUUAGAUGGAGUCUAUCGAACAAUUGGGUACUAUGACAGCUCAACCGAGAAUAUCAAUUGGACUCUUGAAAUAAAAGAUAUCUUCACCACCACAGGGGGCAGUGUUCCUGUCGAUGCAGUUAGUAUCAUCUACAUUACAAAUGUGAUAACUACAAUGAACGUUUUCGUUGUCAUGGCAACAUGUUCAGCAAUCGGAUUGCUCUGGUGCCUAGGGCUACUGACAUUCAACCUAUACCACAGAGAGAAAAGAGUGAUUAAAAUGUCAAGUCCAAAUCUUAAUAACUUCAUUAUUCUUGGAUGUUUGUUGUUGUACACUUUGGUUAUCGUGCAUGGAUUGGACACAUCUCAAAUGCAAGGCCCACUGUGUCAGAUCGAAAUGUGGUUAAUAUCCACUGGUUUUACGUUAUCCUUUGGAGCUAUGUUUUUAAAAACAUGGAGAAUUUUUAAAAUAUUCACAAAUAAAACUGCCCAGAAAGUGAGAGACGUCAGUCCCGAAAAUGAUGACGUAAUCUUUCAGACAGAAAAUUGUGUCUAUAUAUGCAGUUCGAAGAAUGCAACCUUUUGGAUGACUGCAUUAGCUGUUUAUAAAGGAAUCUUACUGGUGUUCGGUGUUUUCCUCACUUUCCAGACAAGGAAGGUCUACAUACGAGCACUUAAUGAUAGUAAACAUGUAGCUAUAGCCAUUUAUAAUGUCGUUGUGCUGUGUUUUAUUGGCGUUCCAACAUUUGUAAUACUACAAGAUAAACCAAAGGAAUCCUACGUCAUCAGUGGAUUAUUUAUAUUAAUUUGUGCUACAGCGACGAUGGGACUGAUAUUUGUCCCAAAGAUUAUCUUGGUGUAUCGUGGAAAUGCUACAGUUGAUGUGCAGACCAGUGAACUAACGGUAUCUUCGAUAGCGGAAUGUCAAAAAUGCCACGCUUUGAAACAAGAAAUGAAAUUGUUACCGGUGAUCACUGGACUGGGUAGCUGCGGAAAUACAUAA